CGCUCUGUCAUGCUCGCUGUGCUACGUUCGCCUGUGCAACAUGAUUGGAGUGAGAAAAAAGUUGGUUGCAUUCAGCCUGUUGGCCUUCGUACUUGUGGCCAUUUUCGUGGUAUUAAUUGUAAUCUUCACGGUCAAUUCAAAUGUUAAGUGCGGUUCAAAGUUCAUCAGUUCUUCUAAAUUGGGUCAAUAUGCGAAGGGUGCCGUGACAACAAACGGACAGGAAUGUUCAAAAAUUGGUGUAGAUAUCUUAUCUAAAAAUGGUUCGGCAGUAGACGCAGCAAUAGCAGCACUUCUUUGUGAAGGUGUCGCAUCUUUGCAUAGCAUGGGACUGGGCGGCGGAUUUCUUAUGACGAUAUGGGACGCAAAGAGCAAAACGGCAGAUUAUCUGGACGCGAGGGAGACCGCUCCGAUGAAUGCAACAGAAGACAUGUUCAAUGGCAAUGCACAUUUAUCCAUGUAUGGUGGACUAGCAGUUGCUGUCCCAGGUGAACUUAUGGGCUAUUGGGAAGCAUAUAAAAAAUAUGGAAGGAUACCAUGGCCUGAGUUAUUCGAACCCACAAUCAAAUUGUGCGAAACUGGAUCAUACGUCAAUGAUUAUCUUGCUGCAUAUCUGACCGAGAAAGAGCCUAUGAUAAAGAACGAGAGCAGUUUGGCUGAAAUACUUAUAAAUCCUGAGACUAAUAAAACGUGGAUCGCAGGAGAUCGAAUAAAGAGACCGAAAUUGGCAAAGACCUUGAAACUUAUAGCGGAAGAGGGUCCCUCCGUGUUUUAUAGUGGCAAUAUUACUGACAAAUUAGUCGACGAGAUAACUAAGUUUAAAGGAAUAAUAACGAAACGAGAUUUUCAAGCGUACAGAGCCAUAUGGAGAAAGCCGGUUGCAUUGAAAAUGGGGAACCUGACAAUUUACAGUGCUCCGCCGCCAGGUUCAGGCGCAAUUCUAACGUUUAUAAUGAACGUCCUUCGUCGGUUGCUACCGGUCCGUGAUGAGAACAUAAUGUGGCAACGUAUAGUGGAGACCUUCAAGUGGGCUUACGCAAGACGAACAGAGCUGGGAGAUCCUGAAUUUGUAGACGGCAUGGAUGAGCUGAUUACCAAUUUAACGUCAAACGAUUACGCAGAAAUGAUAAAAAAGAGGAUUAAGGAUGAUCGCACGAGUCAAGAUCCAACAGAAUACGGCGCCAUCACCGCAACACUCGAGGAUGCAGGAACCGCACAUGUUUCCGUCCUCGCCCCCGACGGUUCUGCUGUCUCUGUUACAUCGACCAUCAACCAGGUGUUAGGUGCGGUGAUACGCUCAGAAUCCACCGGUAUAAUAUUUAACGAUGAGAUGGAUGACUUCAGUUCACCUAACAUCACCAACGGCUUCGGGCUACCGCCGUCACCGGCGAAUUUUAUUCGGCCUGGUAAACGGCCGUUGAGUUCGAUGUGCCCGUCUAUAGUGGUAGAUCACAAGGGCGACGUACGAUUAGUGAUUGGUGCAGCCGGUGGCACGAAGAUCACGAGUGGCGUGGCGAUUGGAAUGCUCUUGAAUCUCUGGUAUGAUUACGACAUAAAAGAAGCGAUUGAUGCGCGGAGGCUUCAUCAUCAACUGCUGCCGAUGAAUAUCCAAAAUGAGAAAAAUUUUUGCCAAGUCACCUUAGAUUAUUUAAAAAAGAUCGGACACAACAUCACCACUUUCAGCGGAAUUGGUAGUGCGAUUACGGCUAUAUCCAAAGAAAAUGGAUUUAUAACAGCAAACUCGGAUUAUCGUCGACAAGGAACUACAGCAGGAUUAUAAAAAUUAUUGUAUAGGAUCCGCACGGAUGACUUUGUAACGUAAGGAAAUUUGAUUCUUCUUUGCGUUACUGUAAUUUUUCUUAAAUUGUAGUAACAAUUGUAAUU